AAUCAAACUGAAGGAAACUGGUAAACUAGGCAAAACCACCAGUUUGUGAGGAUCGCUACAUAUUUGGCUUUACAUUAAAGUCAAUGUGUCGUUUAUGUGAGUAGCAGGACGUGACACAGAGGUCUGAUGACCCUGACCAGAAAGAGCAUAAGUGAGUUAGGGUGAGGAUUUCUGUUCACAUUCUCUCCUCAAAACUACACGACAGGCGCAGCCACUCAGCACAGCUCCAGGGACGCAGACCGGUGAGACCUUUACGCUCACGCUUCCACGUGCUUAGACUUGUAAAAACAAACAAACAAACAAACAAAACAACUUUUUGCUGACCUAUUCUACUGCGUAGGAAAGUUACCUGCGCAAACAAUGUGCGCGGAUUGUCCAACCUCUUGCGGAUAUAAAGAUCCUGUAUGUCAAGCUUUAAACGCAGGCGAGAUGGAGUCGCAAACAAAGCCAGGCACGGGUCACAGCGGUGACGGUGUUUGUCAGAGAGGAUGUGGGCUUCUGCUGCCCACUGAGGACAUAAGCAAACGGCAGCACUGCUGCGUGGAUGCCCUCCGCACGGUCACUGUUGCGCUGGAAGAAAGACGCACAACUUUGGAGCAUGAAGCCCAGAUGGCGAGGCUCAGAUGGAACAGGAGGGAGCAGCUCCUGUUAACCAAGGUGUCAGCUCUGCAGAACGAAGCUCAGCUCGCUGCUCUCAAGUACCAGCAGAGACUGCACCAAUACAUGUUGCACAUCAACAGCAUUGCAGAACAGGUCAUUGGGUACUACAAGAGUGAUUUAAGGGGAACUGCUGACACUCAGAGCCAGAUAUCGGAUAGAGCAACAUGUGCAGAGAGAGACACACAAGAGCAAGUCAAAACACCAGAGGUAAAUGGAAAGGAGUUGUCCAAGUCUAGCCAUGAGGAGACUGCAGAGGCCUUUCGUGCUGCCAAGGACCCCGUCGUGGUGCAGGUCAUCAGGCGGACCCCGAGCGGCCGCCCCCAUGGCCCUCCUCAGGAAAUCCAAGUGGUGGAUGUGUGCACUCAGACCGACAUCACCUUUGAACACAUCAUGGCGCUAGCAAAGCUCCGGCCUUCAACCCCUCCUGUGCCUGACAUCUGUCCCUUCCUGCUCUCUGACAGUUGUCAUUCUCUUCACACAAUGGACCAGGAUUACUAUGAAGGGACAGACUACCUCUCCCCUGUUCCAGCUGACGGGGACAGAACAGAGGAGUUUGAGUAUGAGGAAGUGGAAUUGUGUCGACUCAACAGCCAAGAGAAGUUGGGGCUAACUCUGUGCUACAGGACAGAUGAAGAAGAGGAUGUGGCCAUCUAUGUCAGUGAGAUCAGUCCAAAUAGCAUUGCUGCCAGAGACGGACGUAUCCGAGAAGGGGAUCGCAUUUUACAGAUUAAUGGCCAAGAUGUGCAAGACAGAGAGGAAGCCAUGGCUGCGCUAUCCAGUGACGAGUGUAGGAACAUUGUACUGCUGGUUGCCAGACCUGAGAUGCAGUUGGAGGAAGCCUGGCUGGAUGAUGAGCACAGCGAGUUCCUGGAGCAGCUGAAGAUGGAAAUGUUAGAGGAGCAGCAGAGAGAAGAGAUGGAACUGGCUGCCCUACAGGAGGAGCAGGAGAAUGAACAGAGAGCAGAUGACAAACCUACCUGCUCCACGCUUCCUCAUCAUAAGGACAGAUCAGAGCAUAAUGUCCUGGCACACAUCCAGAGACGUCUGUCCCAGUGCCUGAGAGACAGUCGAGAUACACGCUGUACCACUGGCUCUACGCGACUAGAGGACAAAGAGGAUGAGGACGAUGAUGAGGCAGAGGGCGAUCGCUUCCAGCAGCUCCUGGAACUAAAGUGUCAGAUUCGUAACAGUGGCGAAUACGACCUGUUCUACAGCCGCCGCAGUACCAUUGAGUGCAGCAAGGCGGAGCAGGGCAGUGUACAACAUGAGCUGCGUAUGCUAAAUGAGGAGCUACGCAGCAUUGAGCUUGAAUGCCAGAACAUCAUGCAGGCCCACAAGCUUCGCAAGGGCCAGCAGUCUCCCUUAUUAGGCUGCUCUUCACCCUCUACCAAAAGCCAAAGCCUCCAUGGUGGCGAACCCACAAGGGGUAAGUUGAAUGACAUUACUGAGAGGCUGGAGAAAUCGGACAAGGACAGCUCCAGUGCCUAUAACACAGCAGAGAGUUCACGGAGCACCCCUCUGGCAAUGGACCGCUCCCCAGAGCACUCGCUCCAGAGGAUGGUUAGUCUCACCAACCAGAGGAACCUCUGCACUGGCCUCGCAACUGGCCACUCUCUUAGCCUGAGCCCCAUCCCAGCAUGCCAUGCUCUGGUCCCAGGCAGGAGUAGCAGCCCUGAUCACAGCAAUCCUUCUGAGUCAGACCAGACACCUCAGGCUGAGGAGGAGAGCCGAAGGAAAAUAAAGCCAUGUGGUUCCAAGAUUCCUUACUUCUCUCCAUCUCUCAGUUCCCACCAGAGACAGGCCAACAUCCCAGCUCAUGCCCAACACUAUCAGAGCUACAUGCAGCUGAUCCAGCAGCGCUCAGCUGUAGAGUAUGCUCAGAGCCAGCUCAGCCUGCUCAGCGUCUGUAAAGAGCCUCAGAGGCCCAUUAAUGAGCCCAAGAUGGAGUGGAAGGUCAAGAUCCGCAGCGACGGCACCCGCUACAUCACCAAGAGGCCUGUGAGAGACAAGAUCCUGAGGGAGAGAGCCUUAAAGAUUAAAGAAGAGCGUAGUGGGGGAAUGACCACGGAUGAUGAUGCAAUGAGUGAAAUGAAGAUGGGGAGGUAUUGGAGUAAAGAGGAAAGAAAACAGCAUCUGGUCAGGGCAAAAGAACAGAGGAAAAGACGAGAAUUCAUGCAACGCAGUCGACUGGAAAGCUUGAGAGAGAACCCUCAGAGCAGCAGUGAGGGUCGCAAAGAAGUCAGCAUUAUAGAGCUCAGCCACAAGAAGAUGAUGAAGAAACGCAACAAGAAGAUCCUGGACAACUGGAUGACCAUCCAAGAACUGAUGACUCAUGGCACUAAGGCCCCUGAGGGGGCCAAGGUGCACAAUGCCUUCCUAUCAGUCACUACUGUAUAAAAAGAAGAAAAGGAAAAAAAAAAACAAAAAUCUCACACACAUUCUACCCCAUGUGGUAAAAUAUUCUUGCCUCGUUAAAUGUGGCAUUUUUAUGAGGACAAUAGUAAUAUUUUUCACACUUUGUAACCCAAAAAUAAUUUUGUAAAGAAUUUAUCACUGGUGUCAUGGCAUUUUCAUUUUUCAGUAUUUUAUUUCACAGUACUCUGUGGGGAAAAAACAUUUUUCUAAGAAGCUAUGAUAGUUAUUUUAUUACUUCUCUCUAAACAUGUUUAAGCUUUUCAAUUCUAUUUUCAUAUUUAUGUUGUAACCAUAUAACGCAAGAUAGUUGUACGAGUAUCUUAAAAAUUUGUCUGUUUUCCUUUAUGCAUUAUGUACACUUGCCAAUUGCAAAACCCAAUGACUCAGCGGGUCUCCUCCUUUUCAUUUGGUUAGAUUAUAAAAAAAAACAGAUCUAUUUUACAGCUGCAAUCAAGUCAUUGUUGAUAGAACUGUUUCAGAUUAUCAGUCCAACUAGUUGGUCAUAAAAUUAUAUCUUAAGAAUAGGGCUGUACAAUUAUCCCUUUUUUGAUCACGAUUCAGACCCCUCUGCGAUUUCAGUCACGUUUGUGUUAACGGAGAUCCUAUGCAUCAAACCAAGCACUGGCUUUCCUUGCUAAGCUGCAUUAACUAAUAACCACAGCCAGUAACCACACAGUGAUUUAUUUCUCUCAUUUUGGCCUUAAAUGCUGUUCAGCACUGGGGGUUUAGGACAGGCAGCGGAACGUUUGCAAAAAAAUAGUUGCAGAAGGGCAUUGAAUGUCUUUUACCAUGUCAAACACAUUAAAUUUGUUUUUGAAAUCAGACUCCUCUCACCUGUCUACAGCUCACCAAGUGGCAUAAAACAUUUUUGUUAUUGGUUAACCAACCUUAGCGAGGAAAAGGGAACACUUGUCUUGGUCCAAGGAGUCUCCCUGCAAAUGCAAAACACAGCAGAAUCAUGAUUAAAAAAAAAAAACUUAAUUGUGCAGCCCUAAUUACAAAGAACAUAAAAACAGAUUUCAGCUUUAAAGGCAUACAAAUGACAACUGUUUUCAGUGCCUAAAAGGUAAUCAAUUAACUUGGAAAACUCAUAGGGAUGGGGUUGUUCAACAGCAUUUAUCAAAACUGGAUCCAGUUUCAAACAUGCUUAUUAAAUCCAAAUCCUAGAGGUUUUAGAUUAACAUUUUAAACUGUUAAUGAGCAAAUGCUUUUGGUCAACACAACUUUUACUAAUAUUAGUUUUUUUUUAAUGAACUUACAACAGUUGAAUACCUCUUCUUAUAGCAUCUUUUCAUUUGUUUUUCUAAUUCGUCAACUUGAGUCUCCUCCCACACAAAGCUAUAAAUAUUUACAAAACUACUACACAGAGGUCAGAGGGAAAAUAACCUUUUUUUGGUUGGGACUGGGGGCACACAUCAAAAAAAAA